AUGGCUCAGCAGCAGACGCCGACCUUCAAGCUUGUGCUUGUCGGCGAUGGCGGCACUGGCAAGACCACCUUUGUCAAGCGCCACUUGACGGGCGAAUUCGAGAAGAAGUACAUGGCCACCCUCGGUGUCGAGGUUCACCCCCUCGGCUUCAGCACCAACUUUGGUCAGAUCCAGUUCGACGUCUGGGAUACCGCCGGCCAGGAGAAGUUUGGCGGCCUGCGUGAUGGCUACUACAUCAACGGCCAGUGCGGCAUCAUCAUGUUUGACGUCACCUCCCGCAUCACCUACAAGAACGUCCCCAACUGGCACCGUGACCUCGUCCGAGUCUGCGAGAACAUCCCCAUCGUUCUUUGCGGCAACAAGGUUGAUGUCAAGGAGCGGAAAGUCAAGGCCAAGACCAUCACUUUCCACCGCAAGAAGAACCUGCAGUACUACGACAUCUCGGCCAAGUCCAACUACAACUUUGAGAAGCCCUUCCUUUGGCUUGCUCGUAAGCUGGUCGGCAACCCGCAGCUGGACUUUGUCGCCGCCCCUGCCCUGGCUCCUCCCACCGCUCAGGUCGAUGAGGCGCUCCUCAAGCAAUACGAGGACGAGAUGAAGAACGCCGCUUCCAUGCCUCUGCCCGCCGAGGAAGAGGACGACGAUCUGUGA